AUGGAAAAUGCACUUAUACAAAGUAAAGUUAAACUGUUAUUUGAGAAAAUUCUUGAACCUAACUAUGUUAUGGACAAUUAUUAUGCUGAUAAUUUAUUUAUUAAAAUAAACGGCACUGAUCCAGAAGUACAGUUCUUCAAGUCUCUACCUUUCUUGGCGGACCAAAUUGUUGAGGCGCUGUGUCGUUUCGAGACUUACCACAACACGGUCAAAGUUUUCCUCAUAAGACUGCUGGCAGUUGUGUGCGAUAGGGAGGUUAAUUUCGCGAAAAUAUUCUCGAGAAAAUGCGAAAUGAUGGUUCAAGCUUUCAGUCAGAUCAAUUCUCCCGCUAUGAAUUCUAGCCUGCGCGUAGCUUACUUGGAUGUGGCGCUAUCUCUGGUGAACCACAGCACAGGCGUUUGCUGGUUGUACGACAGUGACGUUUGGAAGCAGAUCCUACUGCUUUGCAACGAGAAGAGGACUGUGUUUGUUCUACGGAAAACCUACAAGUUCGCGUCAACAUUUAUCUGGGAGCUAAACAGAUUUAGCGAUGAAACAAAAGUCAAAACCGUCCUCCAGUAUAUUAUGAGACCGGUUCUGGAAACUGAUUAUUUAACUAUUGACACGAUGACUAGCGAGAAUGAAGAUCAAAUAGGCAAAACGGUUGAACCUAUGUUGCAAAUGUUGCUUUCGAUAGUAAGCAACAUGGAGGAAAUAAAAAAAGAGAGCAGUUUGCUGACGGAAAUUUUGAUCAAGGAGUCGAAAAUCAUCAGCCACUGUUACGUGCUUUUAGACAAACUGCGCAGAGAAGACAUGACUCUGUUGCUGACAAAAAUACUUUUCUCGAUGUCUGUUGCAAAAGUUAUAAACAAGCAACCAAUAGCAAACAGCAACACCUAUAAAAGAGAUGCAUUUGUGGAGCUGGGUUGUAUCUAUCUAAAUAUCGUUCGUUACCUGAUACAGAGGCGCUGUCCGACGCUAGUUUUCGAUUUCUGCAACGCGUGCAGUGCCAUUUGGACUUUGGCGUGGCACGACAAGCCGCCCGCGAUCUGGAUGGUGGAAGAUAAAAGGGUCGAGCUGCACAAUCAGAUCGUAGUGCUCAUUCUGGUGCCGUCAAUGGUCUACGCGACACUUGGGAAGCCCAAGUCGCUGCUGUCGAACGAUAAAGUGGACGAGUACUUGUUGAGGCUGAUGAACUCAUUGAGUGAGCACACAGCCAGAGCGGCGUACGCCCUCAGAGAUCUAACACUACAGUUGGACACGCUCUCGAUAACGUUGCAGAGCGUGAAAAGACUGAGCUGUUGGAGGAAGCGUUUCAGCAUUGAACAGGCAAAUAUGGUUUUCCAAGCGAUGUUUUACGUAUUAAAGGAGUAUGAGCCAGCGGGCACUAAUGACGAUGAGACGAGUUCCGAAGUUCUACCUUUCGAAGACACCCAGGAAAGGACCCUCGUGAUGACGCACGUACUUGAAACGCUCCUCAUGCUGGUGCAGACGCCCAAUUUGUCGUGUAAGUUUGUGAUGACGGCGCUGAACGUUAUCGCCGUAACGGUGAAGAAGUUCCUGCCGCCAAACCUCUCGUUGCUGAUGGAUUCCAGGCCGGGCUCCUCGAUGCACGAGCUGGGCAAGCUCAUAUACAUGAAGCUGCACGACUACGAUUGGGAGGUGCGCGACUCAGCGCUCGAGCUGCUACUAGUGUGCACAGAGAUAUCGUUCAUAAAGUUCCCGCCGUUCCAAUGUCAAAUAACAACGAAUAACCUGAUCAACGUCGCGACCACUAUGGCACUGAACGACCACGAGUUCUACGUGCGCGCCACUGCGUUGCGGUGCUUGGAAGCCGCCACCAAGGUCACCGCCAUUUGGGACCAGCUCAGGGCCUCGUUCCCUAACAUUAACGAAAUGAUUAUGUCCGUACUGCUUGAGAAUCCGGAGGGGAUUGUGCGCAAGGAGGCGUGCAACGUUCUAUGCGAAGUAUAUCAGAACGCAAAAAUAUCGCCCGCCCUAAAGAAGUCGCUGUACGAGUGCAUGUUGUCCGCGGCGCUGAACGAUUUCCACUGGGAGGUCCAACUGAGCGCGCUCAGAUUCUGGAAGAUUGUUAUACAGCAGACUCUGCACGCCCAAGGGAUGCUUGACGGCACCUUUCCGCCCGUCACUUUCUCGAAGGAGUCGCGCAAGAUAGUCUGCCUGAACGACGUGGAGAUACAGAAGCGACUGCAGAAGACGCUAGAAGAGCUCGCUUCGGUCGGCUGCCUCACGGUGCUGGUGAAGUUGCUGCAGGACGACUCCGAAGUGGACAUAAUGGAGUCCGCGCUGCAGAUAUCCACGGACCUCUGCGACAUACUCGACCGCUACCGAGUGGCCGACACCCUGAAGCCGACUGAGGGGGAACCGAGCAGCGUCGAGCAGCUCGACUGCCGGAUCAAACUGCGCGAUCGCAGCGGCGUCGAACCGUCGGUUCUGGAGCGCCAAGCCGCGACCGAAGCGGACAACGUCAUCGAGGGCAUACUGAACGUGGACGACGUGAAUCUGCUAACGAAGAUGUACGAAAGGCAGCUGAGGCUACAGACCGAGUCGCAGCCAGAAGAGGCACAGUCCAAAGGCACGCAGCUGCUCAAGUUUGCCACGCCGUACCUGUUCGUCACGUUCAUGAAGAGCAGGGACUUCAAGGCGGUCAUCGAUCAGAAGAGGAAUUGGAAGGAUGGCAUCAAGAGUCUGUCCUCGUUGCUGGACGACGUGCUCGGCAUUUACGAGUUCGAUGAGGACGUCAACUCGCUUGACUGUUAC